GUCCAGACCACUUCCCCGGAAACUGGCACGCUAGCGAUGCAGCUAACAUUAUUGAGCAGAUCAGGUCUAGGAAAUAGACGAAUGGGACUUGGGCAACCGCCGGGGCCGCUCACCAACACGACUAACCAAAGUUCCUCGGGCCGCCGGUGUCACCUCCCCAAGGCGGUACCGUGCGCCACUGCAUACCUACCUAGUAUCAUUGAACCACAGGGAGCACGGUUGAGCAGUGCUACUCUGUGCCGCAGAAUUACACCCGGAGGCGGGGAAUGUUAAAAGGAUGCAGCACCUCAUUGCGACGAACUGUGUCUGUUGAGUCUCAAGAGAAGCUCCUCUUGCUUCUAUUUGAUAAUCACCAUAGCCCUGCCAUUGCCUACACCUCUGCAGUUUAGUUCUCCACCAGAUAUGGCAACCAGCGGCCCCUCGACGGCAACCAACGGAGUCAACAUGGCGGUCGACGAGGAAAAGGGCCUCCACCGGACCCAGACCGGCGUGACGAUGUCGCCCGAGCUGUUCGAGAAACUGUACCUCACGCCCAAGGUGCCGCAUGUCGGCGACUACAACAGGCGCUUCGCCAAUCCCACGGCGCUUGGGUUUGUCGGCUUCGUCAUCUCCACCUUCACCUUCUCCAUCGUCUGCAUGGGAUGGGGCGGCGCGCAGGGGUUCUCGCCGGUCGUGGGAAUCUUCUUCUUCGUCGGCCCCGUCCUCCUCAUCUUCGCCAUGGUCUUCGAGUGGAUCAUGGGCAACUUCUUCCCCAUGAUGGUCAUGGGCCUGUUCAGCGUCUUCUGGCUGAGCUUCGGCAUGCUGCAGCUGCCGACGCUGCAGCUGGGCUCCGCCUACGCGAGUGCCGCCGAUCCCACGGGCCUGGCGUCCCCGGAAUACAACUCGGUGGUGGCGCUGUAUCUGAUCGUCUGGGGAUUUGCCCUGUUCACCUUCUUCAUCUUCACCUGCAAGAUCAACGCCGUGUUUGCCGCCAUUUUCUGCCUCGUCAGCGUCGCCGCCUGGGUGCUUUCGGGUGCGUACUGGAAGCUCAGCUGGGGCGACUAUGAUGCCGCGGGGAAGUUGCAGAAGGCCGGAGGGGCGCUGUUGUUCGUUGUUGCCGCCCUUGGCUGGUACAUGUGCUUCAUCAUCAUGGCCGGGGAGAUGCGCAUCACCCUCAACCUCCCCGUCGGCGACUUGAGCCAUCUGUGGCCCAAGACGGAUGUCGAGCUGGCGGCCGCCGAGCGGAGGGAACACAGAGAUUGA